AUGACGAAUUCCGCUUACAAAGCACGCGAAUUUCGAUCAAAUUCCGUCGUGGGUUUCUCUGAAAUCGGGCAUGAGCAAGGGCAAGUCGAGAAUCUUCAUUUGGUUUCCUUGUCGAAGCAUGGGAAGCUCAACGAAGCGCUUGAGUUUUUCCAAGAAAUGGAUAAGGCUGGCGUCUCCAUCAGCCCGUACUCUUACCAAUGUCUCUUUGAAGCUUGCAGAGAAUUGAGGUCUUUAUCUCAUGGGAGACUCCUGCACGAUCGCAUGAGAACGAAAUGUGAGAAUCCUUCUGUGACUCUUCAGAACUCCGUGCUUCAAAUCAACGCAUCUAUAGAGACUGGGAUCUUGAACAUGUACGUGAAAUGUGGUUGGUUAGUAGGUGCUAAGCUAGUGUUUGAUCAGAUGGCAGUGAAACUGAAUUUUGGCAAGCAAGUUCAUGCCAGCGUUGCUAAGCUUGGAAUGGAAUCUGAAGUCUCGCUUGGAACUCCACUCGGUUAUUUUUACAUCAAAUGUUCCAGCUUCGAAGGCUAUCGAGGCAACAUUGGUGGCCAGGUCCACGCAGAUGUUAUAAAAAGAAGUCUGGUUGGAUCUCAGUUUGGAAAAAGUGCUCUGUAUUUGAAAUGCGGAUGCUUAGAUGAUGCCCGCGAAGUCUUUGAGUCAAUGGACAACCCCGACAUUGUUUCUUGGACAGCUUUUAUAUCAGGUCAUGCCUACUAUGGAAACGCCUCUGAAGCUCUGAGAUUGUUUGAGAAAAUGGUGAGUUGUGGCAUGAAGCCAAACUCGGUUACAUUUAUUGCGGUUUUAACCGCCUGCAGCCACGCAGGCCUUGUUGCAGAGGGCAAGCAUUACUUGGACACGAUGCUUCGGAUAUAUAAGGUGGCUCCGACUAUUGACCAUUAUGACUGUAUGAUUGACAUUUAUUCACGUGCGGGACAGUUAGACGAAGCUCUCAAGUUUAUGAAGGAUAUGCCUUGUGAACCUGAUGCAAUGAGCUGGAAAUGCUUUCUAAGCGGGUGUUGGACUCAUAAGAAUCUUGAACUGGGUGAGAUUGCUGGUGAGGAGCUUCGCCGACUCGAUCCAGAAGAUACAGCUGGUUAUGUUCUACCGUUUAAUCUGUAUACGCAGGCUGGAAAAUGGGAAGAAGCUGCUGAGAUGAUGAAACUAAUGAAUGAGAGGAUGUUAAAGAAGGAACUGAGCUGCAGCUGGAUCAGAGAGAAGGGUAAGAUUCAUCGGUUUAUAGUGGGUGAUAAACACCACCCACAGACUCAUGAGAUCUAUGAGAAGCUCAAGGAGUUUGAUGAUUUUAUGGAAGGUGAUGUGUUUCAGUGUAGUAUGACAGAGAGAAGAGAACAGCUUCUUGAUCAUAGUGAGAGGCUUGCCAUCGCGUUUGGACUGAUAUCGGCCAAUGGCAAUGCCCGUGCACCUAUAAAGGUGUUCAAGAAUCUCCGAGCAUGCCCAGAUUGCCAUGAGUUUGCAAAGCAUGUGUCCUUGGUUACAGGGCAUGAAAUCGUCAUCCGAAGAAGGUUUCACCAUUUCAAGGAGGGGAAGUACUCUUGCAACGAUUAG